GCGUUCCCGAAAGCAGCUCGCUCUCCCACAGCGUGCGGGGCCGGCGCCGGUCCCCCGUCUGUCCUGCCAAGCCCAGGCCUGCGCCCUCGGUGCCGCCCAUCUGUCUUUUCCCCCUCCCCACAGUGACCCUUUGCUCGCAGAGGAAUUCCGAGACUUCCCACUCUCACCUUCAGACAUUUCCACGAACGGAAGGAACUCCGUCUCCUCCUCCCCUCCCCCGCGAUUCUUUGACAAAAGCGUCCUAGCAGCGGACUGCCCUUCCUAGCCCUUCUUUUGACCUCUCAGAACUGCACUUGUUCUUUCUCCAAGACGAGGCGCUAGGAAUAAAUAAAAGCUGUUCAUUUCCAGUUCGGGCUUGUGGGUUAUCGCCCUCCAUGAGUUUUUCUCAUUUCUGCGCCAGUUACCCAUUUGUACUUUGGUGAAUCAGCUUGUGGGGUCCUUCCACCCAUUCCACGUAGCUAUAGCCUGUUAAGCCUGGUUUCAGAUGCAUUUUUAAAGGGAUUUCUGAAGAAUCCGUGUCCUGAGCCCUGUUCCUCAUGCAGCCUCGGUCUGUGGACAGUUGCUGACGUCAUUGAUCAGAAAAAGGAGGCCCAUGGGCAGCGAGUGACUUGUUUAGUGAAGAUAAAAUAAGCAGAUGCAUGUCAGAGCCGGGACUCACACCAGCAUCCUUUGUUGCCCCAUCAGUGUACUUAAUAGAGAAACAUGAACCAGAAGAUGCUGAAGUUGGAAAACCUGCUGCGAUUUCACACAAUUUGUAGGCAGCUGCCCAGCCUGGGACAAGGAAGAGCACCGGGGCAGUGGAGGCGUGUGUGUUCAUCCGGGUACCCGGCGUGGACAGCUCCCCUGGUCUCCCCACCCUGGCCAAGAGAUGCACUCCUCAGGGCUGCUUUCUCUCAGUACCGGCUUCUGGUAACGAAGAAGGAAGGAAAGCCACGGAAACCCCCUUCCUCCCUGAGCAAAUCUAGGAAGGAGGUGGAGGCUUGGCUCGGAAUGACUGUUGCGGAGAUGGCCAGGGCCAUGGACAAAGACAUAGAUUGUGUGUACGAAGCCUUACUGAACACUGCUGUCGACGUGGACGCGCUGGAGGCAAGCUCGCCCUUGGACGAGGGCUGCAUCAAGGAGGUGAUCAGGAAGACAGGCAUGAAGCUGAAGUGGAGCAAACUGAAGCAAGACAAGGUCCGGGAGAACAAGGACGCCGUGAGAAGGCCCCCGGCAGAUCCAGCUUUAUUAACCCCGAGGUCUCCAGUUGUUACCAUCAUGGGCCACGUGGAUCACGGGAAAACGACCUUACUUGACAAGCUUCGACAGACUCAAGUGGCAGCUGGGGAGGCCGGAGGCAUCACGCAGCACCUGGGCGCCUUUCUCGUCUCUCUGCCUUCUGGGGACAAGAUCACCUUCCUCGACACGCCGGGGCACGCUGCCUUCUCAGCAAUGAGAGCCCGAGGCGCACACGUCACCGACAUCGUCAUACUGGUUGUCGCCGCGGACGACGGGGUCAUGAAGCAGACCGUGGAAUCCAUCAGGCAUGCUCGGGACGCUCGAGUACCCAUCGUCCUUGCCAUCAACAAAUGUGACAAAGCUGAGGCUGAUCCGGAAAGAGUGAGAAAGGAGCUGCUGGCUUACGAAGUGGUGUGUGAGGACUAUGGUGGCGACGUUCAGUCGGUGGACAUCUCUGCGCUCACGGGCAGUAAUCUCACGGCCUUGGCAGAAGCCACCAUUGCACUUGCAGAAAUGUUAGAGCUGAAAGCAGAUCCCUGUGGUCCAGUGGAAGGGACAGUAGUGGAGUCUUUCACAGACAAAGGAAGAGGUCCAGUUACUACAGCUAUAAUUCAAAGAGGAACUUUGAGAAAAGGCUCGAUUCUGGUUGCUGGAAAGUGCUGGGCAAAAGUGCGCUCGAUGUUUGAUGAAAAUGGCAAAGUCCUCAGUGAGGCCUGUCCCAGCAUGCCCGUGGGAAUCAUAGGCUGGAGGGACCUUCCAUCGGCCGGAGAGGAAAUCCUUGAAGUAGAGUCUGAGACAAGGGCACGUGAAGUUGUCGACUGGAGAAAGUAUGAGCAGGAACAGGAGAAAAAUAAAGAUGAUCUGAAAAUAAUAGAGGAAAAGCGAAAGGAACAUCAAGAAGCACAUCGAAAAGACCGUGAUCAGUACGGCAGCUUGCACUGGAAGGAGCGGUCCUAUUUAAAGUACCAAGCAAAAAAAGAACACAAAGUCUUCAGGCCAAAAGAGAAAGUAGAAAGAGAUUCAAAUGUACUUCCUAUAAUCAUUAAAGGUGAUGUUGAUGGUUCUGUUGAAGCCAUUCUGGACCUUGUGGAUACCUAUGAUGCAUCACACGAGUGUAAACUAGACCUAGUACAUUUUGGAGUGGGUGAUAUCACUGAAAACGACGUUAACCUGGCCGGAACUUUUGGUGGUGUAAUAUAUGGCUUCAAUGUGAAUGCCAGCAAUGCUAUCCAGCAGUCAGCUGCAAAGAAACAAGUAAAGAUUAAACUUCACAAAAUAAUUUACCGGCUUGUUGAAGAUUUACAGGAAGAACUGAGUAUCAGACUGCCCUGCAUUGUGGAAGAGCACCCAGUAGGUGAGGCUUCUAUCCUAGCCACCUUCUCAGUGACAGAAGGGAAGAAAAAGGUUCCUGUGGCUGGCUGCAGAGUUCAUAAAGGACAGUUGGAAAAGAGAAAGAAAUUUAAAUUAAUCCGUAAUGGACAUGUCAUUUGGAAGGGUUCCUUAACCUCACUGAAACACCAUAAAGAUGACGUUUCAGUUAUCAAAACUGGUAUGGAUUGUGGUCUCAGUUUGGAUGAAGAAAACAUAGAAUUUAAAGUGGGAGAUGAGAUGGUUUGUUAUGAAGAAAAAGAAAUUCUAGCCAAAACUUCUUGGGAUCCAGGAUUUUAAAUUAAAAAAAAAAGAAAAAGAUUUAAUGUCUUUUAUUUAUAGAAGUCAAAGUAUUCACAUUGUUCUACCAAGUAGUAAUAUACACCAGAAAAUACUGCGCUACAGAGACAACCUGACUUGGGAAGUCCUCAGGCAGAAAUCAUGGAGUGGAGCAGCAAUGUAAUGAAGUGCAAUUGUAAAUCACUGUUAUCAACUUAACAGACCAGUAUUACCCAUUUCAGUAUGUACGGGUUGCAACUCAAUAUUAAAACGAAAAUCCUCACAACUGUAACAAGAGUUAAGAACACAAUAAAACAACCAAAACUCUCAA